AUGGAAGAAACGAUUGAUGAAGACCUGCGAAAAUUGGCAGAUGCUUGCCGCGCUGAAACCAUCGCCAUGCUCUUAGCAGUCGACCCUCUGGAGUAUGAGCACGAGUUUGACGGGGAUGAAGAGCAUACUGUUAUAGAGCCUUACGUGCCUAUUGAAGAUUUUGUCGGCUUGAGGGAAGGGUCCACUGAUCCUAUGGCCUGCCCGAGCGAGUCGCUGGUAGACGAAGACGACUUCGAAUACGCCCCCGCAGCAGACCCACUUCCUUACUUUCGCUCAGAUGCAUCUGGCAGUGGCAGUCAAGGUAAUGAUGUUUCAACUUGGUUUACUUUGGAUGACAAGGCACUGAUGGGAGCACUUUGCUUGCGAUUCUUCAAUGCCCCCCCCCCCCCUACAGAAGAUGACUUUGAACCGACUGAUUCAACUGAAGAGGCUUCAGAGGACCCCCAAGGCUCAGGCUCUCCUAGCGAUGCUGGUGCUCAGGAUGGCGAACGAAGACGCAAGACCGCACGGUAUGUGGCUGAAAGAGCCAUGGAUCACUACUGGCGCUACCACCCUACCACAGGACCGCAACAUCCGGAUGCCCUCCCUGUCCGUCACCCAAGAGCAUUGACCUUGAUCAUGCGCGAACCCCCACCCGUUCCACGAGGGCUCGGAACACCAGCCACGCCGCGCGAAGGUGCCCGAGGUGUCCUUCGUACCCGAAGGAGGAGGGAGGACGAUGAUGACGACGCUGAGCAAUCACGGCCCACAUGCAAGAGAAGAUUAGGUUGA